AUGAUACCUAAUCUAGGAUUGGGAAUUGGAUCAAGUAUGUAUACACUAGAUCAUGUGGAUCCAAAUACAACAAUACUUGCAUUUUGCAAAUUACGUAUUUAUUUAAGUCAAGUUGUUGCUUUAACAUAUCGUUGGUCAUUAACUGCAGCUUGUAUUGAUCGGUAUGCACUUUCGUCAACAAAUGCACGUUUACGAAAUUUUGCAAAAGUAUAUGUGGCACGCCGUGUUAUAGGAGUUAUAGUUAUUGUUUGGCUUAUUUUACCUGUACAUACUCUUAUUUUUUACAAUAUAAGAGCAGGUGCGUGUGGCAUCUUAUACGAUACUGGUGUGGCGCUUUACCACAGUAUUUUUACAACAAUGGUGUCCUGUAUUCUACCGACUAUCAUCAUGUUCAGUUGUGCUUUACUUAUUCGUCGUAAUCUUGCUCGCAAACGACAACGUCAUCAACUCACAGUCAAUCUACAAGCAGAAAGAAGAGAUCAACAACUUUUAGUUAUGCUUUUCACACAAGUAAUUGUUUAUAUCAUAUCAGUAAUACCUUUGAUGAUCAUCUAUAUUUAUACUGCCGUGACAUUCAAUAUUUCGAAUAAACCAAUUGAACGUAUAGCUAUUGAACGAUUUGCUGCCUUUACAGCUGAAGCAAUGAUCUAUUUAUUUCCUGUUUCAUCAUUCUUUUUAUAUACGAUGUCAUCGCGUACAUUUCGUAGCGAACUAAAGAAUCUAUUACAUUCAACAUUCAGUUGCAAAUGGUUAAAUAACACUGGUCGCAUUCAACCAAUAACAGAUACGAGUACAUUCAAAAACAAUACUGGACAUCUAUCAGCAGUAGUACAAAUACCACAAUCUCACGAUCCUGGUCGAAUCGAGCUGGAACAUCAUAGUGAGAUAGAAGAACAACAAGAAAAUGACUAG